UGUUGGGAGAGAAUUUUUCGGUGCUUUCCCUUCCGUUAUAUUAUAUAUAUUCUUGAAUUCUCUGGGCACGGAUAGGCGGCAGGAGCGAAGCAAACUGUAAUGGCGGGUUUUCUUCUACUUUUCUUAUUCUUGUUCACUAAUUCUGUAGCGGAAGAAGUAUCGUUCGGUAUCAAGCAACAUCUAUCAACCGUUACCAGAUAUGGUGCUUCGAAAGGUGUUCAUGAUAGUAACUAUGCUUCCGCGCCUGAUGGAUGUGUUCCUAUUCAUUUAAAUCUUGUGGCCAGGCAUGGAACUCGUGCUCCAACCAAAAAACGUAUUCGAGAGUUGAAUAACUUGGAAAGUCAAUUGGAGAUGCUUAUAAGAGAGGCAGUAGAAAAUGGGUUGUCUCUGCAUAAACUUCCUUCCUGGUUGAAGUUGUGGAAAUCUCCUUGGAGAGGAAAAGUCAAGGGUGGAGAAUUAAUUACUAAAGGAGAGGAAGAAUUGUAUGAUCUUGGAAUCCGAACAAGAAAAAUGUUCCCUGACUUGUUUAGCGAUGAUUAUCACCCGGAAGUUUAUACCAUUAAAGCAACUCAGGUUCCUCGAGCAUCAGCUAGUGCUGUGGCAUAUGGUAUGGGGCUAUUUAGUGGGCGAGGAAGCCUUGGAUCAGAUCAUCAUCGAGCCUUUUCUGUCAUCAGCGAGAGCCGUGCCAGUGAUACCAUGCUUAGGUUUUUUGAUUGUUGUCAAAGAUACGAGGAUUAUAGGAAGCAUCAGGAACCUGCUGUCGACAAGCUCAAAGAACCUGUACUUGAUGAUAUAACUAAGUCACUCAGUGAACGUUAUAGUCUGAAUUUUACACGGCAGCACAUUUCAUCUCUUUGGUUUCUCUGUAAGCAGGAGGCAUCCUUAUUGGACAUAACGGAUCAAGCUUGUGGACUGUUCAGCCCUUCCGAGGUUGCUUUGUUGGAGUGGACGGAUGAUGUGGAGGUGUUUAUAUUGAAGGGUUAUGGUAAUUCAUUAAACUAUAAAAUGGGAGUUCCUUUGUUGUCAGAUAUUGUUCAAUCCAUGGAGCAAGCUAUCAAGGCCAAAGAAGAAAAGCAAGUUCCUGGCAGCUACGAGAAGGCAAGACUACGUUUUGCUCAUGCCGAAACUGUGCUUCCAUUCACAUGUUUGCUCGGGCUCUUCCUCGAAGGACCUGAUUUCACAAAAAUACAAAGGGAGCAGCCUUUGGAACUUCCUCCACGGCCUCCAGCUAGUAGAAUAUGGAAGGGGAGCGCUGUUGCACCUUUUGCUGGGAAUAACAUGCUUGUUCUCUAUAACUGCCCCGCUAACUCGUCGGAUCAGUACUUCGUGCGAGUUUUGCAUAAUGAAGAACCCAUAGCAAUGCCGGGUUGUGAUGGUUCGGAUUUUUGCUCCUUCAAAGACUUCAAGGAGAAAAUUGUAGCACCUCAUCUCAAGCAUGAUUUCAACACAUUGUGCGCUGCAAAUCUUGAAGAACCUGCGUCGGAGCCUGAAACGAGUAAGUUCUCACUGUUUCGUUGGCUCUUCGGGCCACGCAAUGACGAUAAACAACCCCGAAAAGUUGAAUUGUAAUAGAUGGUGCUUACUAAUUAUACAUCUUUGUCUUUGACAUUGUUUUCUUAAUGUGCAUAUAAUCAACAGGCUCCAAACCCAGGUUUUACUUGUAGGCAGGAGUUUACUCGUUUUCCGUGCUAAUUUCGAGUUUCAUUUUAUCUGGAUCUUGAGCUUGCAUCUGUUUCACACGUCUUUGAUUCAAAGAUUUAGACUCAACAUUGAGCAUUUGGCAUUUGCUUGGAUGUUUUGUUUUACCACACAAGGCACGUGCUUCACCUUCUGUACUCCUAAAUCAUACUAGAUUAGGUUACUCUUUACAAUA